AUGCAAGCACCGGCUAGUCGAGCCGUGUCUCUGGCUAUCGAGUGCCGAAAGAUCCCCUCCCGCAAGAUGUGCAAACCAACAGCUCCGAUCAGUUCUCCAUCAUCCGAGACCCCUACCGUGCCAGGGGCCAAGUACCUCAUGAAGGCAUUCGUCCUUGAGUUGAGGAUAUAUCAACAUCGACCAGACCGCAAGCACGGCCACACCAGACGGACGGACAACCUCGGGACGGAAACAUUGCCGGGCCACAUGGGGCACACCCAGCAGCCAAGCACUUUCAGCGCUGCAAAAGCUCCAGGCGAAGCCGACUCUGGCGACUCUCGCCCGGCCACGCCCCCAGACGGCGAUCAAGACUAUGGCCACAACAAAGAAGUCAACCUCGACCACAGCGGCUUCGGUACCGACGACACCGUCGAUUCCAAGGCGCAGGCUGGUGUGCAGAACAUACAGGCCAUGGCCAGCCUGUGGACUCAACCGGCUAUCAUCACAACGUACAUCUCCAUCUGGGUCAUCUACCUUAUCGAUUCCAUGCAGCAGUCCAACUCGGGUGCUCUCAAGCCCUAUGUUACCUCGGCAUUCCAGUCUCACUCUCUCACGCCUACUGUUGACAUUUUCAGCUCCAUCAUUGGUGGUGUCUUCAAGCUUACGCUGGCAAAGGUCCUCAAUGUCUUUGGUCGCCCUCAGGGUUAUCUCUUGUCCAUCAUCUUUCUCACAAUGGGCCUAGUCAUGAUGGCCGGAUGCAACGGUGUCAAGACGCAUGCCGCAGCGCAGAUCUUUUACUGGGUCGGAUCAGUUUUGCCUCUUUACAUUCACACUCGAUACAAUGGCGUCGAUUUUAGUCUCCAUAUCUUCAUCGCAGAUACACCUGCUCUCAAGAAUCAAGGCUUGAUAAUCGCCUAUGCUGUUUCUCCUUACAUCAUCACCACUUGGAUCACGGGUUACAUGACCACGGCCUUCCUCAAAGGACCUGGCUUCCGUUAG